ACAGCGGGAUGUAGCAGUGUGUGUGUGUGUUUUUGUGUGUGAGUGUAAAACCGCGCAGAAGGGCGAGUCACGCCACUUAAGAGGGGUUCCCCUUACCGACAGUGUGCAGAGAGCGCACAGGCUGCCAGAGGCGUUCCUGAGCUCAGAGGAGACGAGACGGGACCCAGGGAGGAUCAGCAGCAUUUCCAGGGUCCCCGCUGACUGUGCGAGACUUUUCCCACAGUGAAAUGACCAGAUUUGAAUGCUGAGCUGAAGCGCAGUUCCGCUUGUCGUCGUGCGCCUCUACGGCAGGAUCUCAAAUGCCCAAAGAGUGCAGGAGAAAGUCCUCAAAGGACUUCGGGAUCUCUGGGACCGGACUAACCGAUGGAGGCCGUGUAGAGAGAAGGACUGCAGGGAGGUCCACCAAGAUCUGCGCAGAGCUCAUCCAGAAAGCCACCGCGCCGCCCGCGGCACCGGCGCGCAUGGAUGCGCCCAUGGUGCCGCAGGUCACCAUCACCCCGGAGGGAGGCGGCUCUUCCCGGGAGAUCCAGCAGGAAGACUUGGACUGUACUGGGGACGGAGCCCUGCGCAGAAAGCUGUCCAACUCCUCCAUCUCCUCCACAGGAUCCUCCGCGGUGGAGUCUGAGGAUGAUCUGCUGAGCGACACCGAGAGCAAGAGCAAAGGCCUGGUUACCCUGGAGCACCUGGUGUGCACAGGAGAGAGUAAGCCUUGGAGAAGGCUGAAGACCUACAUCCGCUGGCCCUUCCAUGCUUCCCAAAAGAAGAAACUAAGCUGGGUACAGCUAGCUGGGCAUAAAGGCAACUUCAAAGCUGCCGAUGAGGGGACAAUUCUGAAAAAGUUGUCCGAAAACGAGAUGCAGUGUUUUGAGAAGCUGCGGCAAGACGUGCUGUUCCAGUUUGUACCGGAAUACCUUGGCGUUGUGGAAAAUGAUGGAGAGGCCUUCUUGCAGAUGACAGACUUGCUGGCUAACUUUGAUCAUCCCAACGUGAUGGAUUGUAAAAUGGGAGUGAGGACUUACCUAGAGGAGGAGCUUGUCCGAGCGAGGGAGCGACCCAAGCCUCGUGAGGACCUGUACAAGAAGAUGGUGGAGGUGGAUAAUGAAGGCCCAACUCCGCAAGAGCAUUUCCAGCGGGGCGUCACCAAACCUCGCUACAUGCAGUGGAGGGAGAGCAUGAGCUCCACCAACACACUGGGCUUCAGGAUAGAGGGCAUCAAGAAAUAUGACGGUUCGUGUCGAACUGACUUCAAGAAAACCAGAUCGAAGCAGGAUGUCAUCCAGGUGUUCAAGAACUUUGUUGGAGGGGAUGCCGACAUCAUUAAGUCUUACCUGCUCAGGCUAAAGGAGAUCCGACAAGCCCUGCAAACAUCUGAAUUCUUCAAGCAACACGAGGUUAUUGGCAGCUCCCUCCUCUUUAUCCAUGACCAUACGGGCCAUGCAGAGAUCUGGAUUAUUGACUUUGGAAAGACCACAGCAUUGCCUGAGGGCCAGACUUUAAGUCAUGACAUUCCCUGGCAGGAGGGAAACCGAGAGGAUGGAUACUUGUGGGGCUUGGAUAACCUCAUCCUCACACUGGAGGCUGUAUGCAAUGAAGGGAGCAUAGAGGAAACUGAAGACAACAGCCUAACUACAGACAUACCCAUCCAGUGACCUUUGAAGGUGGAGGGAACUUCAGAUAUCCACAAAAAGACACUUGGGGUGGUGGUACACACCUUCAUUUCUUUUGGGUGAAUUAUAAGUACAGAAAAAAAAAAUCCCCUUCAUAUAUUUGGGGAUCCUACAACACACAAGAACUCAUUUAGUGCUGACACUGACAGGAGAAUCCCAAUGAACACUGUACAGAGGGGCACUGGGAAGUUUCUUUAAAGUAAGUAAUUAUUUCUGGUAUACACUGACACUAAUUCAUCUUCCUGUGAAGUGAACAGAAAUGAAAGAGCAGGAUUUCUGCCUUCAGUUUACUUGGAUGAGAAUAAUAAUAAUAAAAGAAAAUCUAGCGGGAUCCAUCUACUGUAAAAGCCUUACUUGUAAUAUUAAAGUCUUCUACUGACAGUCCUCACAGUUGUACUACAGCAUUAAAGCGCAUCGUUAGAGAAGCACUGCGUAGAUUUAGGACUGCUAUGAGUUGUCUUCAUAAUUUCCUUUUUUUAUGAAAUUGAAUUUAACUUUCUAAUAAGACUUCACUGAUAAAUGUGUUACAGCACAUGAUUAUAAAGAAAAUCAGCAUACAGUUAAAUAAAUCAAGAUGUUUUAGAAAUAACAAUGGAUAUUGGUUUAUUUUUUUACUAAGAGCAAAAAACCAUGGAGUAUGAAACCAGAGGUUGAAUCCAUAUUGGGUGUAAUAAAGAUAGAAUUGUUACAUGCAUAGUGAUUUUUUGGUACUGUAGGAUAUGGUAUUUUCAUUAACUAAUCACAGAUUUUAAAUGAACAGUUUUUAUUGCUUGGAGACUUGUGGAUUUUUCAGGCUUAGAAAUAAUUCAACAUAUUCUCAUUAUCAGUUCGUAUGAAAUCGUACGAAAAGCUAUGCACCGUAAUUUGGUACGUUUUGGACGUUUUAACAUACAAUUAACCCUAACCCUGACCCUAACCCUAAGAUAUAAAACAGCAAGCAACGUAGUUA